AUGGUCAGGAGGACAACCAAAGAGAGAAGCACUGACAAAGAGGAAAACACAUGGGAUUCAAGAAGGACUUGGGACUCCUCACAGUAGGAAGAGCAAAAAGAGGAAGGCAUAAGAAAUUGCACACAUGUGGAGUAACAGUGCCUACAAUACUAAGAGACUGGUUGCAUCAGAAGCAGAGCUGGAAAGCCAUCUUUGCUAGCUGCUGAGAGUGAGAGAAACAGCAGAACCUUAGGAGAUCCGCAGACUGUCUGACAGAAAACAAUGUCAGUCCCAGCUCCCACCCAAGGUGCCGGAGGUGCCACAAUUCCUGGGGCAGGAGGGCCUCCUCCCCCACCCAAUGUGACCAGUAACAGAAGAUUGCAGCAGACACAAGCUCAGGUCGAUGAGGUGGUGGACAUCAUGCGAGUGAAUGUAGACAAGGUUCUAGAAAGAGACCAAAAGCUUUCAGAGCUUGACAACCGGGCAGAUGCAUUACAAGCUGGUGCCUCACAGUUUGAAACUAGUGCAGCCAAAUUGAAGAGAAAAUACUGGUGGAAAAACUGCAAGAUGAUGAUCAUCCUUGGUGUAGUAUGUGCAGUCAUUCUUAUUGUAAUUAUAAUUUAUUUCUGCACUUGAAAAAACAACGAGGGGAAGGCUUGGCAUGGCUUGGUUCAUCUUUUCUGAUGUUCUCUUAUUGAACUCUGCUUUUUAAUUCCUGGUGUCUUGGGGAGUUUUGCCUGUAAUAAUCCGUAAGCAUUCAGUGUAGUGUGUUUGGUAUUAUGCUGUUUCCACAUGAAACUGUACCAGCUAAAUACUGCCAAGUAAUUCCAUGCGUUGUCUUAUCAUUGAGUCUUAAAAUGCAUCCGCAAUGACCUUCAGAAACUGUAAUAUAUGAAAAGCAUCCUAAACUUUUCAGAACAAUAAGAGAACAGUUAUGGGGAAAGUCCUUACUUUAAAAGGACACUGUCAUGUAGUUUAGGCCCCAAAUUAAGAUUUUUAUUAAAUAGUAGGACCAAAAUCGUCAAACCUGGGGGCCUAAAUUACGCUUCAAAAUCCAUAUCUAAACAUACAAAUAAAUGUGGCCUGAUUCAUCUAGAGCACCUGCUGAUUCUGUUUUAGUCAAUGGGAGCUGCAGAUGUUUAACGAAUUUGAAUAUCAAAUUACUUGUAUUUAGGUGUCUAAAUAUGGACUCUGGAGCCUAAUUUUAGGCAUCCAGGUUUGAAACUAUUUGGUCUAGGUUCUGUACAACAAUAGGAAUGCUUUCAUGGAUUUAAACUUUCCAUUGGGUUGUUUCCUAUACAAACACUGUGGCAGCAUUGCUAGUGUAUGAGAACCGGAAGGAGAACCGAUGAGAAGCAAGAAUGAUACUGACAAGAAAACAAAUAUCAUAAAUAACCAAAAAAACCUUAGAUCAUUAAUAAGCCAAGAUGGCGGCCCUCAGAU